UGUCACCGUUUGACGCCCGGCCGGAGCUUGGGCACAGGACGCUCUGCGUCCCCACGGCCGGCCGCGGCGGGGAUGGCGCUCGUGGCGCUGCGCCUGGUGCCGGUGCUCCUGGUCCAGGUCUUUGCAGCCUCUUUGGACUCUGAAUUUGAUCCGAGUACAGGAUAUAGAAUACCAAACUGUGGUCUGUAUAAAUUACCAGGAUGUCCCAGGGACUUCAGCCCUGUGUGUGGCAGCGACAUGUCCACUUAUGCCAAUGAAUGUACUCUGUGCAUGAAAAUCAGGGAAGAUGGUCACGAUAUCAAAAUCAUCCGGGAUGAACCAUGCUGAUGGAGCGGUUUACAGGAAAGAAGAUGGAGAGACCACCUUCCCCGGCACGCUAGAUAAAUUUCACUUCCCCUUUUACUCUUUUCCUGUGUUUCCUUGC